UCAUUGGAGCGACGGUCCCUCACUGUAACUGUAGAUCUUUAGCGUCCAAGGUAUGUGCCCAGAAUCAGCUGAAUUCGCAGAUAACCACUACGUAGCAGUGGAUACGCUGAAACUAAGGACAGUAGUGAUGGCUACCUUGGAACUCAUUAUCAUUCCAUCUUCCUCUUCGCUCUACUAGAUGUGCACCCAGGUUUAUAUAAACAGACGCAAUCAUGGCAUUCAAGAUCGUUCUUGUUGAGAAUCCAAACUACCGCAGAUCGGGAAUCAAGUCCUAUGUUCAUUUGAUGCGCAAAUACCGCUUGCACCCCACUAAAGAUGGUCCCUAUUCUAUCGGUCGAGCGUUUUAUCAGACUGGCCGUCCCUUCACUACUAAACCUAUCGGUGGUCGAGUUCGCUUUCACGACGUAAUUAAAAAACGAUUGUCGGAAAACGAGAUGCAACAAGUUGAGCCAGAUGAUAUUCAGAAUGAUGCCCCGUUUUUCACGCCGGUUAGCAUGGGGACCCCAGCUCAGUCUUUGAACUUGAUCUUGGAUACAGCAUCUCCUGAUAUGUGGGUGCAAUCGAGUGAGCUUCCUGCUGAUGCACUUCCUCAAGGCAGGGAGAGGAACCAUACUUUCGACGCUGAAAAAUCAAACACAUUCAAAGCUUCUGAGGAGUCAUCAUGGAAAAUAUCCUCUAUAGACAACUCCUCAGUAUCUGGUACCAUCGGUAUAGAUAAUAUUACCAUUGGAGGGGUGGCCAUCAAAACACAGCCCGUUCAGCUUGCGAAAACCAUAUCCCAAGCAUUCACACAGUCUUCAGCAGAUGGGGUUCUGGGGCUUGGAUUUGGGGACACCAGUAGUACUGGGCAGGAUGUGAAGUCUCUAGCUGAGCGCCUGCUUACUAGCGGCGACCUCGAACCUUCUGCAAAACUUUUCACGGCAAAGCUCGGAUCUUGGGGUGAUUCUGGCCUGAAGCAACCGUUCUGUACGGUUGGCUAUAUUGAUCAGAACGCCGUAGGUUAUUGUGGCCAUGAUAUUCACCGCACGCCUAUCGACAACAGUCGAGGUUACUGGAUGUUUGAUUCCGCUUCUGCAACAAUUGCUGGAGAGGCCAGGACUCGAUCCAAGAAUAAGGCCGUUGUCGAUACUGACGCAGCGCUGACUCUACUUGAUGAUCAAACAUGCCAGGCCAUUUACGAUUCUAUUCCAGGCACACUCUAUGAUCGUGAAAGCCAAGGUUUUCUCAUCCCGACUGGCAUAGAUGCGGAAAAGCUUCCCGCCAUUCAAUUAGCAGUAGGGGAGAAAUCCUUCGCAAUACUAAAGGAAAGUCUAUUAUUUGCGGAAGCUAGGCCUGGCUACGUGUACGGGGGUGUUCAGAGCCGUGGGUCGUUAGAAUUUGACGUUCUUGGUAGAACAUUUUUGGAAGGGAUAUAUGCGAUAUUUGACAUUGGUUCUCUUCAAUUCAGUGUCAUACAGGCGAGAACUGAAGAAUAGAGUCAAACAUUUUAGGAUUUAAAUGAAGUAUCAUGAUGAUUUGGUUCUAUUCUAGUGAUGUAAAUGGAGAUACUUGG